CAAAAGGAAUAAUUAACUAAUUAUUCUAAAACUGGUUUAACUAAUUGGGCAAAACUGUCAUUUUGAGUUUCGACCAAUGCCGGUGAUGGAAUCUUCGAGUUCGCGCGACCGACCAGUGUUAAUCUAACUGAUUUAUUUUUUGUUUCGUCAUGUAUUAGGGUUUCACCAUUGACAUUCGGUUCUGUAAUUAAGCUCAGUUUCAUUACAGAUCGAUCUUUCAAUUUAUUUCUUUUAAACAGUAAGAAACCUAACAAUGUCCAUUGUCCGAAAGUUCUAUUUUCUUGAAUAAUCAACGAUUUUAGUUUCCACGAACAGAGCUUCUCGACCCGCCGGGUUUAUCAGGGUCUUUGUAGAAUGGAAUCUAUGGAAAUUGAUAAAGAAAGUAAUGGAAAUAGAUCGAAUUCGAAGGAAAAUGUUUUCAAUUUAAAGCGGGUUGCACCCGAAAAGUCGGGUGAAGGAUUGCCUUAUGCUCCUGUUAAUUGGCCCAAACAUGGUGAUGUUUGGUCAUGGAGGGUGGGGAGGCGAAUUGCCCCCAAUGGUCAUUUCAUGGAUAGGUACUUAUAUGUUCCACCCCGGCUUUCGCGAAGUAGAAAGAGGACUGGAUUUGCAAGCAAACUUGCAGUUGAACGAUAUAUCAGAUCACUAAUCCCAGAUGCAGAUAUAGGCGCAUUUUUUGCUUCGUUCAGCUGGAGAAUACCCGCAAAGAAGUCACUAAUUAAUGGUAGUCUUGAGGAACAUGUUUUUCAACCUUUUGAAGAGAUGGUUGAAAACUCCGAAUCUGAUUCCCAUUCUGAUGGUGUGGCGUGCAUCGCUGGAAAUAAGAAAUGCAAGAGUCUCAUGGCUCAAGAAAAAAAUCCUUCGGUAGCUGCAAUGCCUUGUGAUAUUUGUUGUAGCGAACCUUGCUUUUGCCGUGAAUGUUGUUGUAUUCUGUGCUGCAAGACAACAAAUUCAAAGUAUGGAGAAUUCAAUUACAUCAAGUGCGAGUCAUUGGUCAGUGAUGGUUGUAUCUGUGGGCAUGUUGCACAUGUUGACUGCGCUCUUCGAACUUACAUGGCUGGGACAGUUGGAGGAAGCAUUGGGCUAGAUGUGGAGUAUUACUGCCGCCGUUGUGAUGCAAAGACUGAUUUGAUUCCACAUGUUACGAGGCUUUUGGAAACAUGUGAAUCUAUUGAUUCAUGUGAACAAUUGGAAAAAAUGUUAACUGUUGGCACUUGUAUUUUACGUGGAUCCCAGAAAUACAACGCAAAGACGCUGCUGAACCGAAUUGAAUCAGCCAUUUCAAAGCUUAAAUCUGGGACCAGUCUUGAAGAUAUUUGGAGAGUUGAAAAGGAUGUCUCAGCUAUUUCUACUGAACAAAGUCCUAGCACGAAGGUGGAUGUUACUGAUCAGCAAGAGCUUGUAGAUAAUAGAACAACUUUGCCUGAUUCUUUAUCAACGCCUUCUGAUAUCCGGGCUGAAAUUCUGAAACUCGAGGAGGAGAUCGACGACGUCCUCUACGAACUACGAAAGUCACAGGCAUCUGAAUAUAGAAUAGCGGAGGAACGGCUCUUUGCUCAAAAGAAGUAUCUUGUGAAUCUCUAUCAACAACUUGAAAAAGAGAAAUGGCAGUUGGCACGGCAAACAUCGGGUACCAAUACAGAUGUUCUUCUAAAAGCUGUCUUGAAAAGGGGUGAUCAAAUACAGCAGGAAGUAGCAAAACUCAAGGAUAUGGAAGAAGUGGCCAGAGGAUUCGGCAGGACUUCAAAAAGUAUCCUGAAGGAACAUUUUCGUUUGGAAGUUGAAGAAUGAAUUUGAAUCAUUCUUAGACACCCUUCAAAUGUUCGUGUUGUAUUUUAUUCUUGUUUUUUUCUUAAUAUUUGUACAAUAUCCUAAUUACACUGCGGCACGUGUUAGUUGUGACGCGCAUGUUAGUUGUGUCGUAUAAGGGAUCUGGUUGUGUAGGUAGAGAGAUCUCAUUUUAAGGAUGAUAGUUAGUUCCGUAAUUGCGCUGACUGUUCUUUUAAAAGUACCGUUAAUUGUAAUAUUUAAGGCGAGGUGUAGUAAUUUUAGCUUCUCUUCA